AUGAAACUCAAUCCGACUAAGUGUACCUUCGGGGUAACUUCCGGAGAAUUCCUCGGCUACAUCGUCACUAAGCAAGGAAUCGAGGCAAAUCCGAAGCAGAUCGAUGCUCUAAUCAAUCUCCCAUCACCUCGCAACACUCGCGAGGUCCAACGUCUUACCGGCCGAAUCGCGGCGCUUAAUCGAUUCAUCUCGCGAUCCACAGAUAAGUGUCUCCCGUUCUAUCAGCUCCUCCGAGGCAACAAGCGUUUCGAAUCGGAUAGCAAGUGUGAAGAAGCUUUCCAACAACUUAAGGAAUACCUCGCCAGCCCACCAAUUUUAGCAAAACCCGAAACAGGCGUAACCCUCUACCUUUACAUCGCUGUGUCGAGCUCGGCGGUUAGCGGAAUCUUAGUCAAAGAAGAUCGAGGCGAGCAGAAAACGAUUUUCUACGUUAGUAAAACUCUCGACGACGCAGAAAAACGUCGUCGUCUUGACCAAUCAAACACUACGAUACUGCACAGCCCGAGCCAGUCAGGUCGCAUGGCAAAGUGGGCUGUCGAGCUGACGGAGUAUGAUAUUGAGUAUCGCAAUAAGACAAGUGCCAAAUCGCAGGUCCUCGCAGAUUUUCUAGUAGAGCUUCCGCCAGAGCUAAUCCAAACCGACUUACCUGAUGAGAAGUGGUCCUUGUACGCCGACGGAUCCUCCUCGUCCCAAGGCGCCGGCAUUGGCAUCCGACUAGAAUCUCCGACGAAAGAGAUAUUGGAGCAAUCGUUCCGGCUCGAAUUUCCAGCCUCCAAUAACGAAGCAGAGUACGAGGCUUUACUCGCAGGACUACGUCUAGCACAAGGAAUCGGGGUCAAAAGAAUCAACGCUUUCUGCGACUCCCAGGUUGCUAACCAGUACAGCGGCGACUACGACACUAGGAACGACCCGAUGGAUUUAUAUCUUAAAGCCAUCAAGAGUAUCACGGAUCGCUUCGAAUAUUUCUCACUCACCAGAAUUCCGAGAAGUGACAACACUUCGGCAGACGCACUGGCCGCUCUCGCUUCAACAUCCGAGUCGCAUCAAUGGCGCAUGAUCCCGAUCGAAAGCAUCGAUUCCCCCAGCAUCGUCUUACCUCGAGGAAUAUGCGCAGUUCGCGAGGUCGAAGCAAACAAAUUAGACGCCAUAGAAUUGCCUCCCCCCGAGGUCGUCGAUGAGCCUGCUGAACAAGAACCAGCAACCGAAGACUAUAGGAUCCAAAUCUUACUCUACAUUACAGAUGGCCAAGUCCCACCUGACCGAUGGGCAGCGAGGCGUUUAAAAGUUCGAAGCGCCAAAUACAUUCAGUCACACGGCGACCUCUAUCGUUGGAGCUCAACCGGCGCACUACUCAACUGUUUGCAUGUUGAGGAGACGCUCGAUGUCAUGCGAGAAACACACGAAGGAGCGUGUGGAAAUCACUCCAACGGUCGAGCUAUCGCUCUAAAAAUCAAGAACCACGACCAUUUUUGGCCGACAAUGCUUACCGAUUGCGAUCGAUUCGUAGCUCGCAGCGAGCAAUGCCAACGACAUGUGCCACUGAUCAACGCACCAGCCGAGCUUCUGGCUGCUUCCUCGCCACCUUAUCCCUUUAUGCGAUGGGAAGUGGACAUCGUGGGUCCACUUCCUCGAUCCCGACAAAAACGAUUCAUGCUUAUCAUCACCGAUUACUUCACGAAAUGGGUCGAGGCCGAAUAUUACGCCAAAAUUAAGGCAACCGAUGUGAAGAACUUUGUUUGGAAGAACAUCAUCUUCCGCCACGGAUUGCCUUACGAGAUCGUCACCGAUAAUGGCCCCCAAUUUAUCUCCGAUGUAUUCGAGGAUUUCUGUGCAAAAUGGAAAAUACGACUUAGCAAGUCAACACCGCGAUACCCACAAGGAAACGAACAAGCCGAAGCAACCAACAAGACUAUCCUCGACGGCAUCAAAAAGAGACUCGAGGAUAAGCAGGGCUUAUGGGCAGACAAGUUAGACGGAGUCCUCUGGUCACAUCGAACUACACCGCGCAGAUCGAUGAAUAAAAUCCCUUUCUCGUUGUCUCACGGCAUGGAAGCCUUAGCUCCCGCCGAGGUCGGUCUACCAACCAUACGCAGAACGAUGUUGACACAAGACGAUAAAAGGAACGGAAGAAUGAUGAAGGAUAGCCUCGACAUGCUCGAAGAGGAGCGAGAUCACGCUCUGUUACGUAUGCAAAAUUAUCAGCAGCAAAUCUCACGAUACUACAACAAACGCGUGAAAGGUAGGCACUUCGAAGCUGGCGUCCUCGUCCUUCGUAAGGUGUUCAAAAAUACCGAAGAAUACCGCGCCGGAAAACUGGGCGCAAAGUGGGAAGGCCCCUACCAAAUCACCAACGUUGUAAAACCUGGCGUUUACGAGCUGAUGACGAUGGAUGGCGAAAUGAUACCGCGAUCGUGGAACUCGAUGAACAUUAAGCGGUAUUACUACUAA